AUGCGCGAGAGAACUGGCUCCUCUGAAUCGGAGCACUCGUUCCAACAAUGCGGCCGCGACCACCACUCCGCCAUCGCUGAUACGCUCCCGAACGGCGAAACACACGACGCGACGCAUGGCGAAUCAAACACAUCCCCGUCAGCUAAUAAUGGCGACCCCGCAUCCACAGAGUCAGCCAGCAGGCCUGAAAUUGGCAUCGAAACCACUAUCAAAACCGAGCACGACGACCAUCAACUCGAGUCCACUGCGCCGCCGACACCUCACGACGACGAAUAUCUCACCUCACGUGCCACUUCUCAGCCCAGCGCAAAGCGACGAGAGUCUGAGGCAGCACUCUUUACCCCAGAGCCUGGCGACAAGCGACCGUACAAGAAACGGAGGCGUGCAGCGUCGCCCCCCUGGAACUUCCCAUCCGCCGAGACAACGACUUUGAGAACCGCAGAUGGUCGCCGAGUAUCUGCGCGUGUCAACACGUCGACUCCCGGGCUGAGCGAGGCAGAGGAGAGGGGUAGAGGGCACAGCAGUAGUCUCAGCAGACCAGCAUCGCAUUCCCGCCCACCAAGUCCGCCUUGGAAGAAGUUUGAAGCAGCAGGUCCAACUACACUCCAGGUCGACGGCAAGCGUAAGAGCGGCCGUGUCAAUAAGGAGCUGACGGAAGUGCCGAAGCGAGUCAGUCCGCGGAGCAAGAAGCAGGCAGACAAGUUGUCAUAUUCAACACCACAGAAUGGGGAGAAGAAGUCGGCGCAGAAGACUAUGGCAGCCAGCAGCAAGAGAGGAGAGACGCCAUCGGCAAAGAAGCAGGUCAAUAGACUAGACAGACCAUCCACCGACACGGCAAGCUCUAAGAAGAUUGCUGAGCUGCAAGCUCAGAUCGCCGCACUGCAGCCAUCGCGCUCCUUCCCGGCGCCUUUGAGCAGCAGCAGCAAGGAGAAUGGCAAGGAGCACAGCAAACCUGGGCCAAAGCGCAAGCAAAGCGGAGAGAAGUCGAGGCCAGAGCGGCCAGCUUCGCCUCCUGUCCAUCGAAAGAUGGCCCGCAUGAGCAACGCUGAUCAGUCACCCGAGAAAUCUCGACCUUCGCCGAAGAUCAAGCUCAGAAUCGGUUCUCGCCAUGUCGUACCUCCUCCACAUCCACUGGCAAAGUUGCCAUCCCCUCUUCGACCGCCCCAUCUUUCCCUAUACCAGAUAAUCGAGAGGUAUGAGCUGAAAGAGAUGCAACAACCAUACACAGACAAUGAUCGAGGACCUCCUGAUGCCGACUACUUCGAACAACGAGCAGCACGGCAGGCUGUGGAAGAAGGAGCAAUGCGGAAGAAGUUGCUGCAAGAGGCCGAGCCCGGUGGUGCGUUGAGCAAGGAACAACUGGGCAUCUUCCAGGACGAGCGGCAAGCAGAACCUCCGCAGCAGUAUGGCCAUCACGACCAUCUCGUUUCGCACGUGCUGUAUCUGCGACAGCUGCAAUUGCGUGAAAAAUCGCAACAUCGCCUUCUCGCGAAGAAGCUGGCACACGAAGCCCUUGAGAAGUGGAAACAACGAAACGGGCCCACGGAAGAAGAUCUACUGAUAGAGGAGCAAAAGGUCUUGGAGCUUGUCAAGAAACAGGUCAUUGCAGACAUGAAGUCUAAAUGGGAAAUGGUAGAGUCUCAUGUUCGAGAGAUGAAGAGGAAGGCCUGGGAGGUCGAGCAAGAGAGGAUAAGAGCAGAAAAGCUGCAGAGAAAGCUCGAGUACAGUGAGAAUCUGCUGGCAAUGCAGCGAGGCGACCUAGACAGCGACGCAGACAUCGACGAGGACAGCACUGGAGAUGUUGAAGAGUCAGACGAAGAUAGUGAGGAUGUUUCCGAGGAGAACAUGACUGAGUCGGACAGCGAGUCCGGCCUCGACGAAGCAGAAGAAAGUGGUGAAAUGGACCAGGAAGCCUUGAAGCGAUAUCUUGAGCAAAGGCAGGCCGACCCACCUGAUGAGGACCAGGACGAAGAUGAUCGAGAAGACAAUGUCCCUGAAGGCGAUUCUAUGCAGAUUGAACCGGCUGAGGCAGGAUCUCAAGCCGGUGAGCAGAUCCAGGUGGAGGAAGAAGCUCUGGGUGAUGGGUAUUCUAGCAGAGUGCUAGGUGCCACGCCAGAAGUCAGUUGUGCAAACGACGUCACAAUGAGUGACAAUGCCCGCGACAUGGGCGCCGAUGAUGUUGGCCCGCGGCAGGUGAAUGGGGAUGUAGUACCCGAGUCUGCCGCGCUUGCUGCAGAGGAAGCCGACGCUCACGACAACUUGUCGUCUGAUGAAUCCGUUGAGAUGUAUGACUCUGACGAAGACAUGAGCAGCACUGAUGAAGAGGAUGCCGACAAUGACGAGGAUGACCAUGAUGACGACGAAGACGAGAGUGAAGAGGAAAAACCUUCUCUACUUGGGUUCUACCAGAAGAAAGAUCUUUUGCGUAUGAAAGACGACGGCCUGCCCACACCAGUUACCAGCGUGGAGAAUGGCGGCGACAACGACAACCCAAGAUCGGACUCCGAGCCGAGGUCUGUCGAACAGGCUGCAGAAGGCGCUCCAGAAGAACAGUCGCAAGAUCCGAAUGAACAGCUCGUAGAGGACGCUGCGGCUCCUGCCCAGAAGGAUACUACUUCUCCCAAGGAAGACAAUGUUUUGCUGCAAGAACCUGAGCCAGCGAAGACCGAUGCGGAGGAUGAGAUGGAAGUCGAAGAAGAAGUAGGCAUCAAGUCACUAGUGCCAACUCCUGCUCUCCUGCGAGGCACUCUUCGCUCUUACCAGCACGCUGGCCUAGACUGGCUGGCUUCUCUCUACCGGAAUGGCACCAACGGAAUCCUGGCCGACGAGAUGGGUUUGGGAAAGACGAUUCAGACGAUUGCUCUGUUGGCACAUUUGGCGGAAGUUCACGAAGUGUGGGAGACCCAUUUAGUGAUUGUUCCAACUUCCGUGAUCUUGAACUGGGUCACCGAGUUUCAAAAGUUCCUUCCAGGCUUCCGCGUGUUGGGAUACUAUGGCACGGCGGAGGAGCGCCAGAUGAAACGGAAGGGCUGGACAAACGAUCCGCACCACGAGCAGAAGGACAGACGAGGGUACAAUGUUGUUAUAACGAGCUACAACGUGGCGAUGCAAGAUAUCAACGCCAUCCGUACUGUCCAGUGGCACUAUCUCAUCCUCGACGAAGCUCACAACAUUCGGAAUUUCAACAGCCAACGUUGGCAGAUCUUGAUUCGUCUCAGGACACGAGCUCGACUUCUAUUGACCGGCACACCAUUGCAGAAUGACUUAGCCGAAGUCUGGUCGCUCUUGACCUUCCUUACCGCAGGAGAUGAUGACAGCUCGCACGGUGAGCUUGAAGAAUUUCUGAGUCACUGGAAAGAUCCCGUGAAAGAGAUCUUCGACCAGGGCGUGCAGAAGAUUUCCGACAAUGCGCAGAGAGUCGUUGAGCAACUCCACAUAUCGCUGCGUCCGUACUUACUUCGCCGCAAGAAGAGCGAAGUGGAGAAAGACUUGCCCAAAAAGACGGAAAGCGUCGUUGUUUGCAAGCUCAGCAAGCGUCAGCGACAGCUUUACCAGGACUACAUGGGCCUCGCAGAGACCAAAGCGACGCUUGCCAAGGGAAGUGGCGUCCAAGCUGCAGGUGUGUUGCUAGCCUUGAGGAAGGUGUGCAAUCACCCAGAUCUUUUCGAUCCUCGGCCGAUUCAGACCAGUUUUGCCAUGGAAAGCUCUCCUGUUGAGGAUUACAGCGCCACAGAACAGCUCGUGAGACAACUCCUUGGCGUGAAAGAGGGAUUUCCCGCUAGACUUCUCGUGGCUAAUAAUGAAGGACGUCGGCGCGCGGCCGUGCAGCGGUCGCGCAGCCUCGACGCCUCGGGUGCUCUGCAACGUCAAAUCAAGGAGAUCGAGGCUGUCACAAUAGACAUGCAUCCGGAUCCCGCAACACUUACCGGAUCCAGAGCACUGCAAAGACUUCGACAACGAGAGCACAAAUUGUCGCAAUUUAGGUCAGCAAUCCAGGUCACCGAAAGUGCUCUACGCAGUGCCCCGAUCUAUGGCUCCGACUUGCGUGAGCUUGUUACCGUGCACAACGGUCGGUUGCGCAGACUUCCGCGAGUGGACUGGCGUGGCAAGGGCUGGUUGCCUCUUUCGCACCAACGUAUCGAAGUUGAGCAUCCUGGCGAUUGGCUCUUUGCAACAGGCACGCAGCUUCACCAGGACAUCGCGACUUGUGACAGCUAUGCCGAAAGAAUGCAAGGCGCCAUUGUCAGGUUCACGUUUGUUCCACCAGCCGUGACUGUGCCGAUCCUCAACUUCGCCAUAUCGCCGAAACUACAGGAGAAUCUCAGGGCGUCGCCUGCCUACCCCCUUGAGAAGGACUGGAGCCACGAGGCUCGCGUGAGAAGCUCGAUUGCAUUCCCGGAUUCGAGACUUCUCAUCUUCGAUUCAGGGAAGCUCCAGCGUCUUGUGUAUCUCUUGCGGGACUUGCAAUCGCGCGGGUCGCGCAGUCUCAUCUUCACACAAAUGACUGGCACGCUCAAUGUUCUUGAGCAGUUCUUGAACCUCCUCAAUCUACCGUACCUACGUCUAGAUGGAAGUACACCGGUGGAGCGAAGACAAAUUUACUCUUCGGAGUUCAACCGUCCAGACUCGAAGUACCAGUGCAUGAUACUAUCCUCCAGAGCAGGCGGUGUUGGUCUCAAUCUCACAGGCGCAUCGUCUGUCAUCUUCUUCGACCUGGACUGGAACCCCCAGAUGGAUCGCCAGUGUAUGGACCGUGCGCAUCGAAUUGGACAGGUGCGCGACGUGGAAGUUUACAAGAUGGUGAGUGAGAAGACGGUCGAGGAGAACAUUCUCCGCCGAGCGAACCAGAAGAGUCUCCUUGAUCAGACCGUCAUCCAGGAGGGCCACUUCACCACCGAGUACCAGAAGACAAGUCGGCGGGAGCAAUCAAGCGAAGGCGAGAACGACGUGGAGGCAGCGAUCGAGCGGUUCCUGGGUGGUGAUGACAAGAACCAGAACAAGGCGCUGGAAUCUGUGGAAGACCAGGAAGACGUGCAGGCAGCACAGCAAGCAGCCAAGGAAGACCGGCAGGACGAUGUUGACUUUACCGAGCAGUCGUCUAAGGGGCCGUCGAAAGCCAAUACACCUGGUCCUGGUGGCGCAGACGCGCAAUUCGAGCUGGUUGAAAAAGAGCGAGGAGGUCACGUAGACCUGUUCAUGAUCAAAUUCAUGGAGCGGCAGCUCCAGGACUGGAGAUACACGCCGCCGUCGACGAGGCUGGACAAGCAUGGGCGAGAUCGCUCUCACCGACCAAAGAAGCGUCGGUAG